GAAUUUGGAAUACCCAAUUGUUUAAAUUCUUAGGGCUUUAACAAUCAAUCAAGAUCUCUGAAGGUGGGCCAUGGAAAAGAAAUACAGAAUGAUCACCUCCUGUUUCUUCAUCCCUAUCAGCUGGAUUGCUCAUUCCAUGUCUUUACAUGGCAAUCUCAUUUGUCUUGUUGAAAUGGAAAUAUCCAAUUGCUUUAACGGUAGAUGAUGUCUCCAGCUUCUUCUGAACUAAAGGACAGAUGGUAGAUUUGUUUAUAAAUGGAGUCAGGAAUAAUCUUGGCUUUUUCCAGGUUUCAAAUAAAAAUUCAUUGAGAUGCAAUUAUGCUCUUUCUACUCAACCUGGUUAUGGCUCAUCCAUAGAUGACAUAUUUACCCGAUUCUUGGCCUUGACUUCUUAUAUAAGUCGUCAAUUCCUUAGUUUUAUAGAGGAUCUUGUUGAUAGAGAUGUUAAUAGACGCUCUGAAGAUGUUGUUGUUGUUGAUAGUGGUUCUGGAGAGGACUCGAGUAGUUUCAACUCUCCACUUGUUCAUGAAUGUUGUUGUUCGCCUUCUUCUUCUUCUUCUAGAUAUUCAUUUUGCAGCACACGCCUGGAAUUUGUACAGAGGAAUUGCAAUUCUUGGGGUGUUCCCUUCGUUUUUCAAGGGUUAGUAAUCCCAUUUUUUACUAUAAAACUUGCCUGGAAGAUGGCUUCAGCCUCAUGGAGAUAUUCUGUUUCUUAUGUUGUAUAUGCUCAAACUAGAGCUCAGAGAAUUGUUUCUCGAAUAAGGACGACACUUCAUGGUUCAUCGGACGAUAUUGGUUGGCUACAACACACUCCUGGUUUGGCUCCUGUUGAGGACGGUUCUACUAGAUUCAUGGAAUUAUUACAAUGUGUUAGGACUAACGAUCACAAACUUCCCAACACGUUUGUUUAUCUUCUGAUCCCAGGACUUUUUAGCAAUCAUAGUCCUUUGUAUUUUGUUAGCACCAAAAGGUUCUUCUCAAAGAUGGGCUUAGCUUGCCAUAUAGCAAGAAUUCACAGUGAGGCAUCUGUAGAGCAAAAUGCAUGGGAGCUGAAGCAAUAUAUCGAGGAACUCUAUUGGGGUUCAGGGAAACAUGUCAUGCUCCUCGGGCAUAGUAAGGGAGGGGUGGAUGCCGCAGCUUCUUUAUCAUUGUAUUGGGAUGAUUUAAAAGACAAAGUCGCUGGACUCGCACUCGUUCAGAGCCCAUAUGGAGGAACACCCAUAGCUUCCGACAUUCUUCGCGAAGGCCAGAUUGCUGACAAGGAAACACGCACCAUCAUGGAAUUCUUUAUAUGCAAGGUCAUUAAGGGAGAUAUACGGGCAUUGGAGGAUCUAACAUAUGAGAGGCGAAGGGAAUUCAUAAUGAAUCACAAACUGCCACUUGAUAUCCCAAUAAUCUCAUUUAAUUCUGAAGCAAGUAUAGCUCCUGGUGUACUUGCCUCAUUGUCACACAUUGCUCAAGCUGAGCUUCCAUUUCCUAAACUUGGUAACCAGGAGGGUGUUAUUAUUCAAAGGGGGGGUCAUAAAGUGCCAGUUAUUGUACCCAUAUCGGCAGUGUUGGCUGUGUUUGCUCUUCAUUUGAAGCUAAGGUAUGGAGAAAAGAGUGAUGGAUUAGUCACUUGUUGUGAUGCUGAAGUACCGGGGUCAGUGGUGGUUAGACCGAACCAGAAAUUGGAUCAUGCUUGGAUGGUCUACUCUUCUUGGAGAAAAGAUCCAGAAAUGGCUGAUGCUUCUUGUGAAAUGUGUGAGGCUUUGUUUACUAUGCUUGUGGAACUUGGAAAAGGGAAGCAAAAAAGAAUUAACUAAAAGGGAUUGUGAUAUUAGUUACAUGUUUUGUAAUUUAUUUUAUUUGGUUACUUACAAAAGCUUAAUUGACUGAUAUUAAUAUACUGUUACAUUUAUUAUACAUUUGAGAUUAUAGAAGAAUUGUUACCUCUUCGAGUUGAUUGUAGUUAAGUUUGAUAUCUUGUUUCGACUAAAAGGUCACUGUAAUUUG